AAUAUCUAAGAUUUGAGGAUCAGUGGAGAUUGGGUUCAAUGCAAUCUAAUGAGAGUAUGAGACACAAAUAAAGUACGGGCAAAAGAAAAGAUUUGAAUCACUCGAGAUCACACUCACAUAACGCUGGUCAUCCAUGGUUAAAUGCACAUGUCCAUUUCGGGCGUGAAUCAUACACACGUGUGGGUUUUAGCACUACUAUAUCAUACUUUUCCUCUCCUGCCAUCUCCCUCUGUUCUUCGCUUCAAUUCAAUUCAAUUCUCCCAAUAAUAAUAAUAAUACUAAUUCUGAUUCACCAUUAUGCCAGCUGCAAGCUUAGGCCCAUUGGAUAUUUCCGUUCAGGUUCCCUACCAUUUCCGGUGCCCGAUUUCCUUGGAGCUCAUGCGCGAUCCGGUCACCGCCUCCUCCGGCCAGACGUACGACCGGGAAAGCAUCGAGUCCUGGCUGGCCACCGGGAACACCACCUGUCCCGUCACUAGAUCGCCGCUCGCCGACUUCACUCUCAUCCCUAACCACACUCUCCGCCGGCUCAUCCAGGGCUGGUGCGUCGCCAACAGGGCGUUCGGAAUCGAGCGGAUUCCGACUCCGAAGCUGCCGGCCGAACCGGGCCUGGUCCGGUCCUUGCUGAGCCAGGCGUCUUCCGAGCGGAACCAUUUCGGGGUCAGGCUCUCCGCUCUGAGGAGACUCAAGGGACUCGCGCGCGACUCGGAGAAAAACCGUUGCGUUAUUUUGGCUAGCCACGCGCGGGAAGUGCUGAUACGUUUUCUGUUCUCGCACGCGCGGGAUCCGCCGGAUUCGGAGGAGUUCCGGUAUGAGUCGCUCGCGAUUUUGGCGGUGCUCUCACUCUCCGAGGAGGAAUCCGUUCUCGUGUCCUCCGAUCCGGUUCGAAUCGGUUACCUUGUGUCCCUGCUUUCGAAUUCUUCGAUUCAAGUCCGAAUUGACUCGGCGGCGGUGAUAGAGUCCGUUCUCGUCGGGGCGAGAUCGCCGGAGCUGAGGGCUCAAAUCAGCAGCGUCGACGGGAUCUUCGAAGGAAUAAUCUCGAUUCUCGACUGUCCGUUGUCGUACUCGAGAGCGUUGAAGAUCGGAGUGAAGGCUCUGCUGGCGCUGUGCCUGACGAAGCAGCACCGGCACAAGGCGGUGUCCGCCGGAGCAGUGGAGGCGCUGGUAGACAGGUUGCCGGAUUUGGACGAGCGCGACGCGGAGAGGGCGCUGGCCACGGUGGAGCUCCUAUGCCGGAUUCCAUCCGGAAUCGCGGCCUUCGCGGUCCACGCAAUGACGGUGCCUCUGCUCGUGAAGAGCAUCCUGAGGAUCUCGGACAGAGCCACGGAGCACGCCGCCGGAGCUCUCCUCUCCAUAUGCUCCGACUCCGAAGCAGCACAGCGAGAGGCGGUGUCGGCCGGCGUUUUAACUCAGCUGCUCCUGCUUGUCCAGAGCGAUUGUACGGAGAGAGGGAAACGGAAAGCGCAAAUGCUGCUGAAGCUGCUGCUCCACAACCACAAUUGUUGGCCGGAUGACUUCGCCGCAAAUUCAGUGGAUUUUGGGGCUUGAUUUUGAUUGGGGAUACCUAAUUAAUUCUUUUAGUCAGUUUACAUAUAUUGUAAAUUCAUGUUCAUACACCCCAUUUCUUUUCAAAUAAGUUUAAAAAACAUCUUAAUUGACAAAUCUCGAAUUGUAUAUUGUUCCCCCUAUUGCGAAUGGCUUCGUUUUUAGAAGUUGAGACAAUUUUUAAUCCAAUGUGUAUCUUAGAUCAUGAAUACUAAGAUAAGAAGCACCAUGUAGAGUCUAAGUUUGAAAGCCAUAAAAUAAUUUUUAAAGUUGAGGACUAAAGGUUAUAUCAAUGU